CAGAAAUCUGCAGGUUGUUGAAUGCAGAGACCUCGCGUGCUCAUUUCUAUUAAGGUUUUAGCCCAAAGCGUAACAUUUGAGAACAUUAGACACACGUGAUAAUGACAAGCACAACUUUCUAAUGCCAUUUGGCUGAAAUAAUGUUUGGUACACGAGUCGAGCCGUUCGCUUAAACUGAAACUUAAGCCGUUGAAGGAAAGGGUCAAAAACGUAUUUUCCACUAUGUUCAAAUUCAGUUUCAGGAGGGAGAAAGACAAGGAGUUUAAGCAUAUAGCUCAUGGUUUGAUCCCUGCUGCCUCCAUCGCCCCCAAGCCUGCUGUGCCUCGUACCCCGCCCCCCCGCAGCCCAAACCCCUCACCUGAGAGACCCAGAUCAGCCUUAGCAGCAGCCAUCUUGUCUUCUUCGCUCACUGGACAGGCGUGGGCCCUUCCCCCUGUCCGGCCGAGGUCUUUCUCUGAGAGCGGCCUAUCAGAGUCCUUCAUAUCUGAACCAAACAUCAGCACAGGACUUUUCAACAGAGACAGAUGGUCAGAAGAUUUGGCUAGCCGACCACGCCUCUCCUCCCCUGACCUAUCAGAGGAAGAAGAGUUGCAGGACGAGGAAGAGGAGUUGCAGGACGAGGAAGAGCAGGUGGGGAGUGAAGAUGAGCGGGAAGAACACGUUUACCAAACUCUUGGCAAAGGGCAUAAUUGUCCAUUCACAGAACCUGUCUAUUCCCUGCCACUAAAACACAAGACUAGUACACCGCAGCGGAUUUCGAUGUCUGGCAGAAGAGUGCCUUCUCCAGAUCUCCCUGAGGAAACCGUUUUCCAAUCUCCAGAAGCCAGCGUUGAUUACUCCAAGAAGAAAGCCUCUGUCAGGAAAAGCCCAAGAAGUUUGAAAAAAGACGUGCCAUGUAGGUCAGCGCUACCCAUCCCCACCACAAACCAAUCCAGCCAAUCCAACAUCUCUAAACCCCCCAUCCAACAGUCUCCAGGGCCCAUUAGGGCGAGCAUCGAGGGGCAGCGGGAGGCAGCGUGGGCCUCGCCAGAGAACAACAUGAGAAUGGUAGAUGAACAAAAGCUGCUGGAGGAGCGGCUGCAGCGGCUGGAGCAAGAGAUCAGUAACAGCCAAUCCUCGACCAACGCAAGGUCAUCUGCAGGUAGAGUGGAGGACCUGCUGGAGAGAGACGAGAGCAGCCAUGCAGAGCUGCUGAAUCUGAGGCAACACGCUCAGGAGCUGGUGGAUGAAAAUGAUGCCCUCAAACUGACAGUUCACCGCCUGAAUGUGGAGCUGAGUCGCUACCAAACCCAGUUCAGACCGUUGUCCAAACAGGAGAGCUCCAGAAUCAGCAGCUUACCAAAGACAGGCUCCCCUCCUCCCGGGCUGCUCGACAUGAAGUAUUUAUCUCCCCUGCUGCUGGCCUAUGAGGACAGGAUGAGCGAGAAAGAUGCACUUCUGCAAACCACUGAGGAGGACGUGAAGAGGUUGCGUGUUCAUGUGGAGGAGGUGAUCAAAGAAAAUGAGAAGCUCCAUAAGGAAAUCACAAAGAUCGGAGGGGUCAGCCAGAAGGACUGUCAUCAGAUACAACAGCAGGCCCUCCUGGUUCUGCAGGAGAACCAGGUUCUGCUGGAUCAGCUGGAGGCUCAGCACGUAAAGGCCAAGGCCAGCACCAGCAGACACCAGGCUGAAGUUUCCAAGGUGUCUAGGCAGCUGAUGUUGAUAGAGGCAGAAAAGCAGAGUUUGCAGGAAGAGCUGGAAGAGAGCAGGAGAGAGGCGUUAAAAAACGGGAGAGAGGUACAAGUUCUGCAGGCCCGCCUGAAGGAUGCCAUCACCUGGGACGAACACUGCGGCAUCGCUGGGAAACUCAGACGACAACUGGAGCAGCAGGAGAGUAAGAAUAAGAGUGAGAUGGACGACUUUCUUAUCAGAUUGUCCAGUCUGCAAGAGGAGAAUAGGAGUCUGGCUGUGGACAAAGCCAAUCUGACUGCUGAUGUAAAGAGAAUGGAGGCAGAGCAGGAGCUCACCAAACAAGCUAACAGGAAGGCUGAGAGGAAGAUGAGUGUAUUGAAGAGACAGAAGGAAGAGUGUGUGGUGAAAGAGGAAAGGACUCAGCAUUACAUGGGAGCUGUCAUUUCUGUGGCCGAGCACAUUUCCCAGGAGAGAGACCAACUCAUAAAGAUGGCUUCGCUUCUUCAGCAGGAAAAACAGGGAUUCGUCAGCAGGAUUCUAAAAGGCACAGUUCGAUUCGGGAAACUACAGGAAGAAGUCAAAGUGUACCGGAGCCAAGCGUCAACCAGGCUGGCAGGGUUGGAGGAGGCAGCGGAGGGGAGGACAGCUUCCUACCAGAGGGAGAUCCUUCACCUGCAGAGGCUGCUGAGAGAAAGGCAGGACGCUGAGGAGAGACUGCUGCAGUCCAAACGGGAAAUAGAGGAAGAGUUGGAGGUGGUGUGGCAGGCAGCGACCCGGGAGAACCAGCAGAUCAGGGACACUCUUUUGGACUCGAGGCCCUCUGUAGACCUCUCCAGUAUUGCCUGGCCUUCUCCAGCUCAGGAUGAAGCCAACACAUCCGCCCGACGACAGGAACAAAGCUCCUCACCUCUCCUCUUCACCUCUCAUGAAAGCCCCGGGCUGCAGAGAAGGUCCAUAUUUAAAUCUGACUCUGGUCACCAAAACACCUCCUUGGACGAAAAACAUAAACAUGGGCUGGAUUUCUAUUGCUAAAAGUCAUAAACAAUAGGUGUUCACUCAUAUUGGCAACAUAGACUGUAUUAGUUAAAGUCCUGAAUGUGUCAAUUUAGAGACUUCUGCUUUUGUUUCGCAGAUAAAAUCUCAGACUUGCUUUAAUCAAACCAUUGUAAGACAAGCAUAAUGAAACAGCUUACUUUAUAUAACUGCUCAAUUUUGACAAUGUGGCCAAAUAUACCUGACAUCAGUCUAAGUCAGAAAGACUGCCAUUUUAUAAAGGUUUUUAAUCUAUUGCUCUUUUUAAAUUUGCCUCAGGGGUUAUAGACCAUGCCACAUAUAAUAGAUGAAGUUUACCCAGGAGUGGAAAAAGUUGCAUCAUUCUGCUUGAUAAAGGCAUAGGCAAUGUUGCCUCCUACUGGGCACAUAAUGGUAAUAGAUUCUCAUUGUCACAGUGUUACAUGGUACCGAACAGGCAGCGUUAAGCUACAGGUUCAUUAGUAUGUUCAAAAUGAGUCAUUUGGAGGAGAUACUGUUGAUUGUGCUUUAGGGAAUUUCCAUGUUUAAAAAACUGUUAUUAUAAAAUAAAAGGGAGAACAAG